GAAAAACUAGAUCACUUAAGUUUACCGGGUCAUGCAAUUAGUCGCUUGUCGGCAUGGUGAUUGGUUGAGCAGAAAUAUGGUUCUGGUGUUACAUCUAAGGAUUGUAUAUAUAUCAAGAACUUUCACUGUUUUGCCGGUUUUCACUAAAUUAUGAGCUGGCAUACAUUAUCCACAUAUUUAAACACCAUAACCGUAGUCUUUAUUCUGCUCGAGAUGCAUACAUUUGAGGCAGCACCGGUUGGUCAAAAUUAUAUUAUCAUUAUUGAUGCUGGCAGCAGUGGUUCAAGAAUGUUCGUAUACACAUGGCGAACGAAAGCAGAGUCCUUGAGUGGUUUAGAAGAUGUAGAAAUUUUAAAAGAUGUAUCAGGAAAUCCUGUGGUAAAGAAGAAAACCCCCGGUCUUUCAAGCUUUGCCAACAAGUUAUCUGACAUUCCUGAUUAUAUUUCUGCCUUGUUGAGCUAUGCUGAGUCACAUAUACCUUUGAGUAGCCAACCUAGCACCCCAUUAUUUAUUAUGGCUACAGCAGGAAUGAGGCUUCUUACACAAACAGAUCAAGAUAAAAUUUGGGAGCAUGUUCGAAGUCAUGUGAAAUCCACUUAUAAAUUCCAGUUUAAAGAAUCUUAUGCUUACACAAUAUCUGGUGUAGAAGAAGGUUUGUUUGGUUGGAUUUCUGUAAAUUACCUACUUGGAAGGUUUCGUUUACUUCCUGGGGAUAAAGGGCCUGUUAAACAACCUACUAAUGGCAUGCUUGACAUGGGUGGAGCAAGUAUGCAAAUCGCUUAUGAAGUACAAUCGACAGGUAAUCUACCAAGCAGCUUAGUAUCGGAAUUUUCCUUAACGAGAAAUUGGUUUUCUACAAAUCAACGAUACAAACUCUACGUUAAAAGUUAUUUGGGAUAUGGAAUGAAUGCAUUUCGAAGAAGAUAUGAAGAAUACCUCUUUGAGAUGUUUGGGAUAAAUAAUAGUAAACAAAAGGCAUCCAGAAUUGAGGAUCCUUGCUUACUCGAAGGUUUUAGUGUGACAAGUGAAAUUACUCCUCGUCCAGUUAUUGGUGAGAUGCUUGAACCAGCGAGAGAAAAAUUUUCUGUUCAGUAUACAGGUACGGGUAAUAUGGAUAAAUGUAUGCAAAAUGUAGAACCUUUACUUAAUUUAAAUCAAAGUUGUUCUCCACUACCAUGUGCAAUUAAUAAUGUUGUUCAAUUGGAUCCAGACUUCAAUUCAAUGGAAUUUUAUGGCCUUAGUGAAUUUUAUUAUACUUUAGAAACAUUAAAAAUGAUCCCACCUGUUCAGUAUAAUUAUUCUUCAGUAUUAAGGAAAAUUGAGGAAACGUGUAGUACACCUUGGGAAACUUAUUUAUCAACACUUAGGAAAGAAAACACAAAUUUAUCUGAAGAAAAACAUACCAUAACAUACUUAUUCAAUCGUUCAAGUAUACAUUCUUGGUAAUAAAUUAUCAUAUACUGAAGGAAACAAUAUACGUGGGUGUCUUGGUAUGUAUUUAUUAUUAUUUUUUUUUCUGAAAUACUUAAAGAAUAUAUUCCUAUUAAUUAAUCAUAAUUGUCAUUAUUAUUAUUAUUGCUCUAAUUUUUGCUAUUUAUCUGGUUACAAUGAAGAAAACACAGUACAAAUUAUAAAAGUUCACUAUAAUUUCUUCUGUAAAAUAUAUCCAACUUUUAAAUACUUAAAAAAAAAUUUUCUCAACAUAUUGUGUGCCACGGAUCGUCAGUUAUGAGUUUCUAUACAUUAUACAUUAAAUAUUUUAGAUUUACCUAUUGUUUCUCCUCAAAAUGAAUAAUAAGGAAAAUGUACCUACCGUUAUUGUGCUUCCGAUUUUAUCUUAUAGUAGUUUGCAUCAACAUACGUUGAAGGCUUUUGCAAAAUCACAUGAGUUCAUAGUGAGAUUCACAUCCAUGAAUACUUUGUUAAAACAAAUUUAAAAUGUAAAUAAUUGUUCUAAUAGCUUUACAGCUUUAAAAUAGAUAGCUCGAAGAUGCAAGCAUUAUUUUCCCUAUGAUAAGGCUGAAAAGUGAUUGCAGCUACCCAUUUACAUGCAUUUUUAAUCUUUCUCCAAUUAUUGAGUUAGUUUUCAUUCUUUGAAAUUCAUCCUAUUUUUUCACUUAAAUGGAUGGAUUGAUAUGCCACAGCGUGGAUCGAUAUAUGUUUAUACCAGAUUCUAUAUGUACCGAAAAAUGUUUCAUUGAUGAAUUCUUUGUGGACAAUCUUGAAAGAAUAUUAUUCAUAAAAAAAUUUGAUAAAGUAUUUUAAUAGUGAGUAAAAUAAUCCUAUAAGAUUGAACAAUUCAUCAAGACGGCGUAUUCUACCUGCUUACUAUUAAUUGUAUAAUAAAGUUGAGAUAGUUCACUUCAGUUAUUAAUUGUAAAAGGAAUAUUUUAACUGUUGAUAUGAUUCAGAAUCGGUCGCAACGGUUCAGAAAGAUUUACUCUUUGUCUAUCCUUUGAAUGUACUUUUAAAUCAUCUUAUACUUUUAAUUCUGUGACUUCUCUUAUUCAGUUCAAAUUACAUUCUCUAUGUCAAAUCAGAUUUCCUAUCACUGAUACUACAACUCUAGUAUUCAUCUUUGUAAUUUCACCUCCCUGUCGUGAUAUGCUUUCGCAAUGUUAUUUUUCGUCCCAAAUUUCUAUGUUGUUUAUGACUGAUUAUUAUCAAUAAUAUUAAAAAAACGGCCUUCAAAGUAAUACACAGAAAUAGAUAUAUUUGAAAGUUUAGGCUUUUAUACUUUUCUACAUUUAAAGAUUUCAGGAAUCAACAAGAUCCAAAUGGUUGUUCUGACCUAUUACAUUUGAAACUUCUAUCCUAGUCUAUCAUUGUAUAUUUUCCCAUAUGAUCACAAAUAACAAUCAGUAUCAGUGCUCGCAACACUUCAGGUAUGCCUUGCUGAUGAAUUUCAACUAUCACGAAAGCUAGUUUCAAGGUUUUCUGUCAGCUUUCUUUAACAACCUAACAUCUUAAUAUAAUCACCGCAAUGUCCAGUCAUCUAGGCUAGUGCUCACAUAACAACUUGAUCGAAAAACUAGAUAUAAAUAUGAUAUUAAUCGCUGCACAGUGAUCAAUCAAUCAAACAUUUUUUGCAUAUUCCUCAGUUCAUUGACUAUACAAGUUAUACUAUUUCUUUUUUUAAAUAAGGUAUCCAUUUUUAAACCAAGAUUAAUAUAUAUACUAGCUUAGUUAACUGAAGUAAACUGUUUGCUGGAGAAUCGAUUAAUCAUUGACUUUAUUCAUCAAGCGAAAAACUAUCGAAAACUGAAAAAAACAUUCAGUAUGUCUUUUUUUAACGAAGCACAUGGUCUCACCAUCCAUAUAAUAAUAAUAAUAAUUAUAUAUAUAUAUAUAUAUAUAU